AUAGCACGCCCCCCCCCUCCCCCUCGAUGACCCUCAACGCCGGUCUGCGCAUCGCGCGCGUCCACUCCCAAUUCCUCAGACCCAAUGGAUCGUCAUCUGCCCUCGUGUCCCUCGUCGCUACGAGCCGCGCCUCAAAGCAAUGGCAGAUAAUAUCCCGGACGAGCCAGCGCCGAGCCGCAUCGACAGCGUCGCAAGCGAAAGAAGCGCCUAAGUCGAGUUCUGAAAUCGUCUCCUCCUCAGAGCGCUUGACAUCUCCCCUCCCCGCCUCAACAACCCUCAACCCACCAGCCUCGACACGCCCCCCUCCUCUCGACCUACCGACCCGAGACCCCUCGUCCUCCAUCUUCACGUAUUUCUACCACCUCGGCAAGGCAUACAUGACCUUCUACAAGACCGGUCUCCGCGCCAUCUUCACCAACAGAAAGCUCCUCUCGCAAUCCUCCACCCGGCUACCCCUCGUCCCCGACUCGAUAUCCUUCCCAACACGAUCAGACGUCCUCCUGCGCCGCCGCGUACGACACGAUCUCUCGCGCCUCCCGAUCUUCGGUGUCCUGCUCAUCGUAUGCGGGGAACUAACCCCGCUUGUGGUACUGCUGUUCCCGCGCCUCACGCCGCUUACCUGCCGCAUCCCCAAGCAAGCCGAUGCUCUACGGCGCAUCUCCGAGGCCAGGCGGGCUGCCAGCUUCCGCGGUCUACUUUACCGGCCCGAUCCGUUAAAGGGUAGCGAACCGGCUAGCAACGGCCACAUAUGCCGGACUCUCGGGCUGACGAGCUCCCUGUGGGAUAAGAUCGGUCUGGAUGGUCCGUUCGCGGCAUCGUUGGCGCAGCGAGCGAUUGCACGGAUAGCAGCUGAUGAUGCUAUGCUGCGCGAGGGCGGAGGUGUAGAGGUUCUUGUUGAUGAGGAAGUCGUGCUUGCGUGCGAAGACCGAGGUAUUGAUGUUCUAGGGAAACCGAUUGACGAGUUGAGGAGUCGAUUAGAGGAAUGGCUCCGUAAGACUGCUCCUGAGGGGGUGGCAGCGGAAAAGUCCGAUUCUUCUUUGGGAGAGCCAGCCCUAAAAAGAGCUGAGGAGAAGACAAGGGAGACACUAGUUAGCUUAGAUGGCAGGAUAUAAAGACCGCACGCCUAUGAAGUGCUCGGUUUAUGGAGAUGCCCUACUUUACCUAGCCUGUCAAGGGCCCCAUACUCUUGUCAUGUUUCAAGGUCAUGUAUAUUUAUAUAGUGAUACCGGACGUAUUUAAAAGGUAAGGCUCAAACAGAACUUGGCUCACUAAAAGCAUUGUACAAUAUAUACCAAUCAGCUCA